UAUCUAUAAUAUUUGAUCUCUGUACAAAACAAAUGUAAACUCUGUUAGAUCAGGGAGUUUAACAAAAUAUUUUCAUGUGUGUUUUGGCCUAAAGGAACUUCAUAAUGUUUAUUAAACUAAUUUUCAAUAUGAGUGCCACCUUAUUCAUAAGAAAUAUUCAAGGAAGUAUAAAACUUGCUAAAUGAAUUCUGCUAAAGGGUUUCCUGAUAGAACAUUUAAAAAAAAAUAGGGGGAAAUCUGUUUUCUUACUUUGGAAGGGUGGACUUGCUGAAUUGCAAAUUCCGUCCAUGGUGGAAUUCACUGCAAUGCAGAGUUCAAGAUAAAUCAUGAACAUUUUAGACAGCACAAAAAAAUGAGGGAAGGCAAUGUCAGAGGGCUACUGGCACUUAGUGCUUAUCCUUCCUCAUCUACUGCACAUGCAAGUAAACACCCACAGUACUUAUGUGAACCCAUCUUGAAUAAAAUUGCUUAAAAAGCUAUUCAAAAUAUCAUUAGACAUUUAUUGGUUCUUAAUCUGCUUGAAAAUUCUUUGCCAAGGGCUGGUCCUUAAUUGUGCAUGGUUGCCAAAACAACCCUGAAGAGCGAUUUGGAACCUCUACAUAGUCUUGGUGUGGCUGAAUUACAUUUCUUUGUGGCUGUACACAAAUUCUCUAUAUGGGGUGACAGAUCUUAUCACUAAUUGGGUGCCUACUAUAAAAGAGUCUGUUGGCCUAAUUUUUCUCUUUUGAAAUAUUAUUAGGGCUUUUUAAUAUUAUAUCUACAUAUCAUCCUUUCUUCCAACUCAAAUGUCAGAGAGAUAAUGUCCAACAGUUUGAACAGAUAAUAGAGAAUCAGAAAUUUUAAGUUUUAAUUAGAGAUUUCAAAGACUUUUAUCUAGAGCUAAUCACUUUGAGCUUGUUUAAAAAAAAUCACAUGACUUUUCAUAUGCCUCUUGAUCUCAUUUUGCAAUUAGGCAUGGGACAUAAGUAACAUACAGAGGUAUUCAGAAGGUGACAACACAAGUUAGUGAUUUUUACCCACUUCCUAAUUUGGACAAUAUAAAUUUUGUCCUCCUUUCUGUGUCCUGUCCAGAACACUGGGCAGACAGAUCUACCUACUUUUUUAUUUACCAUUAAAUAACCAGUACACAAAAAGCUGCCAGAUAUUCUCUGGGGGCAAUGUGACCAGGCCUUAUAAAGAACAGGUCCUUUACCCCAGAUUUCUCAAUAAUCAACCUGCCUGCCAAGUAUUGAGCGGUAGGAGCAGGUCUUCUAGAAAACCAGUGUACUCAGUUGCUGGUUCAGUAAGGAUAAUAUGAUUAUAAAACCCUGCUGUGAAACCAUACCUCUAUCAAUAGCAAAGAUGGAGUAGCAGGCUGCAAAUACUAGACAAUAUUAUAAGGAGGAUGCACAAUAGCACACAAAAGCUAGAUGGAUUAAGCUCUCACCAAACUUGUUUUUCAUGUGUUUGUCACAGUCAUGAUACAUUUAUUGAAAAUGAGUCACGUGAAAAAUCAGGGAAAAUGCUUUUGGAAAAAGUAAAUGCAGGUUCUGCUUUUUUAGGUACUCUUUUCAUACAGUCUUAUUUAUUUGGAGCAUAUUUUCUCUAUAUGAAGAUUCACCCACAGAGAAAAUUUACUAUAUUAAUGAUUCUUCUUGUUCAUUCUAAUUAUUCACGCCUGAGGAGAAAAACUGACUAUAUGCCUAAGUUUCUAUAUACAUCUGUUUUCACCUCACUUUAAUUGGCACGUGGAUGAGCAUGAAUUUGGCAGAAACCAGGGAGUUAUUAACAUUUCAUAAAGGGGAGCUCACAGUUUAUCGCCAUGGCAGCAGGUUGUUCCUGACAUAGAGCAAAAUUGAUUUCAGAAGGGAACUAUGACUCUGGAGCUAAAGCUGAGGUGUCAGCCACACAUUAUCGAUCAGAAAUUUGUAUUGCUAAAAGUACUGGCCAUGUAUCUUUGCAGCAUUUUAUCAGUAUGAAUGUACAGAGUUGUUCUGACAUCAGAACAAAAUAUGGCCUAAAAAAACAGGGAUGUCAAGCUCCUAUUUGGAGUCCAUCCCUAUAAUAUGAGUCAAUACCCUAUAUCCAGUUCUCCUAAAAUUUAAGACAAUCUUAAGGCUUUUGGUUUUGAAUAAUCCCCUGAGUGACUCUAGAAAAAAACCCCAAACAUACUGAACAUAAGAAAAUUAGUUUUUUCAGCAAUUUAGACCACCAGUUCUGUGAAUGUCAUAAUGCUGUGUAUGAUUACGCCAAUCUUAGCAGUAAUCACAUUGCAGGUUAUAUAAUAAAUGCUUUAAAAAAUUCAGCAUUUUUCAGUAACAUUGAUAUUAGGUGAGAGCUAUAAACAAUUUUUUUUUCAAAUUACAGAACAAUGUUUUUAAAAUUACAGAGCACGGAGAGGUUUGUUUUCUAACUAUCUCAAAAUGGAAAUCAAAAGGGUUCUCGACUCCAGUCCAGACCUGGCAGUUCAUUUGGUGCACUACAAUACACAAAUACAGUAAAUACAGCACUCACACUUUGCAUCUGUGAUCUGGCAUUAAUAUUUACCUAUCUUUUGCUUACAACAAAAUAACAGAAAAACUCUGUAACAACCAGUAACAUAAAGUUUAAAGAUGGUUUUGUUACAGACAAGUUUUUGUUUGGACACAAAAAAGGAGCCCUACAUCCAGAUUUUCUCUAUGAAGAAUUUUUGACAGAAAGCUUUUUCAAAGGAAAUUCUGCAUUGAAAUUAUAUCACUCAGAAUCUUCCAGUGUACCGCUGUAAGACUGAGGCUUAGCUCAGACUAAUUUAAGGAGUCAUGUUAAAAAGAUAGGCACACACUACUUUCUAAAAGGUGUGGUUUUUUUAUAGUUCAGUUAUGAGCACCUGAAACAUUGGUAACUACCUUACUGCUCAAUGGCUUGCAUCUGGGCUUUGGCAUUCACCCUUACUUGCCUGAAUAUGAAGAUAUAUUUAUACUUGUUUUUGUUUAUUUUUCCCCCAGAGUAAUAUAACUCCUAUUUCUAAAUGAGACAGAACAGUAACUGUAUAAGCACAGUCAACUAGCUUAUUAUUCACAACCCCAUCUGAUGUAAAGACUGUGAGAAAACUGGUAGUAUGAUUAAUUCUUUCACAUUAUCUUGUGUUCCUCACUUUAACCUUCCUCUUCUAAGCGUAAGAGCAAACCUUUCCUAAGCUUCUGGAAAGUCUGGGCACUCUACUUUCUUGUGGAAGAUUCAAUUUGUCCUCAAACAAGAUGGUUUUCAUUUUUUUACAUACUUAAUAUACCAUACUGCUGCACUUCAGAGACUGCCAGAUGACUAAAGGUUUUUUCAACAAAAUGAUCACCAUAUUUACACAUAUCAUGAAUGUUUGCAUGCACUCAGGCACAUGGGGUUCCAAAAAGGGCCCACAUGUAUUCAUUUAUGAUACACAGAUUGAGUAAUUAUACACAUGCAUGCAUCUUAUUCAUUAGAUAAUCAUCAUGUGUGUGCAUCUAAUGAAUAAUAACAUAUAUACAGCUGUAGCUGGAUUGAAAUUUUUUGUCCAAGUCAUCUGUAUACAGAGAUGUCAAACUUGGAUAUUGUCCAGGAUUUCCUCGGACAUUUAUAAUCAGAUCAUGACAAACCAAGCUAAUGUGAUCUACCAGAGUAGAACAAGUAAUACUUACAUUUCAUUUUUUUAGCACAGCUGGACAAUAUAUUAAAUGAGAAAAUACAUCUCUUUUAUUAAAAAUAGAAAUAUAUUUUUAAAAUUAUAAAUGGAGAAAGUGGAUUUUACAGCCAUGAGAUUUCAUACAAUGAUUUUAUAUUACAAGAUCUAGGCAUCACAGUAUUCUAAUACAUUAGCAUUGACAUUCAUGAGGCAUCCAGGGCAAUAUACUAAUAUACUGCAUGAAAAUAUGCCAUAAUUGCUCUUCUUUUUUUUUUUUUUUUUUUAAUCUUUUUAAUCUUGAGCUAAGAGGAGAGAGUGUCUGUUUUUCAGCAAAAUGCCAACUGGCUGAGUGCCUUCUCACAGCUGGCAAAACCAAACUGUUAACACGUCACAAGGUUGCUUUUUCCAGUGUGUAAGAAAGUUGCUAUGAACAAUUUGGAGUGAGACGAACAUUCCUUUAAUUCAACAGUUGUACUGUGUUUUUCCAUUAAGCCUCCAUCCCAUAAUGCUCUUUUGCUCACCAUGACACAGUAAGACAGAGGGGGGAGGCUCACAGCAUGUAAUGUGUCUUCUGUGAUUCACAUGGGUCAUUUUAAAGGCCAUUAGUCCCAAAAUGGCAGCAAAUGUGCUGAUGCGUACCUGUGCAAUAUGUUACAUGCUCUCUGAGAGGUGGGCUGACACCACAGCACUAAUAGCCCAGAAGUUUUGGGUGGCAGUCUCUCCCCUUUGUCCUGCUGGGUGUUGCAGCAUGAGUGUAGCAUGGUCUCAUUUACCGAAAUGUUUCAGCAUGGAGCCACAAGAAACAGCCCCUGCAUGCUCCACCACUUGUGAUAAGCUCUCCAACUAGCUUUCAGCCCAUCCUACUUCAUUUGCCCCAUGCGCUGCCCUGUCCAAAGGGGUGUUCAACCAAUACAGUAAUCCAGGCUACCUUAAACAAAAAACAGAAAGAGAUAGUCAGAUAAGACUUGCAGUAAACAGCUCAGAAGAAAAAUAAUACCUGAUAUGAGUAUCUGGAAAGUAAUCUCAAACUCUAUAAGCAAAUACAUUAUUAAAUUCUUAAUCCAGGCAAGAAACAAGACUCAGUUGGCCAAAACUGCUUUUCACUCAUUACAAAAUCACACCAUUCACUGUGUUCUGGUCCUAGUUAUCUUCCACAGACUAUUCUGGACCUUGGCUCCACCUAUUUUGAGCAUAACUUCGGGUAUGCUGAGUAAUUUGAACACUGUUUUUGAACAUUCCUGCUUGAGUCAGGAGUAUCAUCAACACCAGCUCAGAUUAGGUAUGGCUUUGUCUAGCUGCAUCUUGUACCCUCCAAAGACAGUCUAUAGCCUCUCUGGGCAACUUCUUCCAAUGCUGCACCACCUUUUUAGUCCAGUUGUUUUGUGGUUUUUUUUGUAGUGUGCAUCUCACAAGCUGGCUUCACUCUGAUUUGUGGAUGACUUGUGUGUAUUCUAGAAAUUAUUUUUUUUUCUCUUUUUCAACAUCUUUCCAAAUGUCUAUUAGUUCAUGUCUCAUACUAUCAGAGCUCCUAUUUCUAUAGUAUCUAACAUAAGACUGCUGUACUAUCACACUUCAACUAUAAGGACUUAGCAGGUCUUUCAAGACUUAAUGGCUUCCAAGACAUUUGCAUAGGUUUCACAGAAUCGUCCCAAUACAGAAUAUCAUAAAGCAAACUGAAGACAAAACAUAUACAAUGAUCUAUUAGGCAAAAGUACUUCUAUUCAGGCACUAUUGAGGCUGUAGCUCUUAAUACAGUUUCACACCUGCAAAGACAUACAGAAGAACUUUCUACUGAAGAGAAGUGUGCUCAGAGCACAAAGAAUGCUUGUAACCACUUUACUCAUUUUCUGCUUUGUUUCCCUCCAAGGAAGUGUCCUCAUAUUCAGGCAUGCUUAUACUUGCCAGAUAAACUGAAAAAUACUUUAUAAACAGCCACAAUGACUGCACUGAAAUAAGCCUUGUUGAUUAAGACAACCUCUAACUCUAUUUCCAGCUAGAUUGUAUUUUUUUAUCAUUCAACAGCAAUCUCUAGGCAUGGGUAGCAGUUCCAUUGCUUUUUAUACUGACCUCUCCGGUGUGUCUCAUUAGUCUCUUUUUCUUGCUUCAUGUCCUUCCAGAUAUGAUUCAUAAGUAUUCUAAUAAAUUGAGGAAACUGACUGGAAAGAAAAAAAAAAAAAAAAAAAAGCAAAAUGCACAAAGUAUAUGUAGAUGGUCAUAUUUAAUCAAGUCUUACAAUUUGCUGCCGAUGUACUAGAGGACAGCAUCUCAGCUGACGUUUUUAAAAGCUUCAUUAGGGCAUAGUGCUUGAAUACUAAACCUGAGCCAGCCUCACUUGUUGUGAAACACAAACACUUUACCACACAAUAUGACCAGUGGUACUGUGUAUAGGAAAGAUGAAGUAAUCUUUUAAACUCCUCUUUAUACAACUUUCAUAAAACUACUGGUGUUGAAUCUGGGGGAAUCAAGCUUCAGAAAAUAUUUGAACCUACAAGAGGCAGUUCACAGAAAAAAAAGAAGAAAAAGAAGUACAAACCCACAAUUUAUAUGUUUUAUCUGAGACUAAAGAUAAAAUGAAAAUGAGGAGAAACAAGAGACAGGUUUUCACUGUUCUACAUAUUUAAUAAAUUAAAAAGUAAUGGCUUUAGAUUUCAGCAACAAGGAUUCAAAACCAUAUUGUGGAUUGAGGAUAUCCCCUGAAUGAUAGCAAACGCUGGAACUGGUGGCCUGGCCACACUUAUGACUUUUAAGAACAAGACGGGAGUCUUAGAAUUUAGACGGGAGUCUUUCCAGGAGUGACACAGGAAUAGCAGGCCUUAACUCAGGACAGGAAACUAACUCAGUGACUCAGCGAGUCUCUCCCCAUUCUGCUUUUCUGUGAUUUCACAUGUAUCUUAAAUCAUUUUAUUUAGCAAUGAAAGUUUUUCCUACUGCUCCAUCCCUAAUUUUUUAUCCUUUGCUGUGUUACACAUAAUGUUGAGGGUACUAAUUCACUGAAAACCCUGAAUCCCCUCUAAGGUUUAAUAUACUCCUCAGAGCAGGAACGUGUGAAUUUUAGUAUAUACAGCACCACCAGUACUGCAGGCAUUAAAAAGUAAUCAGUAACUUUAUAGUACACUACUUUCUCUUUCUCUUCUCAAUCUGCCCUUCAGCAGCAAGAGAAAAACACAGCCCAGAUUUUCUCACAAGGAGUCUGUUGGUGUCAUCUUGAUCUUCAAAUACUUGCUUUACUGUAUAUGUAUAUAUGAGACAUUAUCACAUUACAGUAAAAGGUCCUUUGUGGUUUUUCUUUUUAUGUAAGACUUGAUCAUAAUAAAACCAUAUGGUUUUCAAGUAUAUUCCACUCCCAUGAGCAGUAGCACAUUUUCUUGUUUAAUGUAAGGUACUCCUCCCCGAAUAUUCCUGAGAAUCCUGGUAUUCAGAACUUUUAUCACUCAGGAGCGUCCCCUCUUACUCAGGAGUUGCUGCAUCAUGUACAGUUUGACAGAUCUUGGCCACAAGUUUCUUUUUCAAAUCCUAAAAAAAAAUCCCACAAGCUAUAGUCCUGGUUCAUUGCUUAUAACUUCCACUGUCAUUAUCAGAUAAGAGCAGACUGGGCUAGGGACACAUGUAUCGCAGAUGCCAGAACCAAGUCUCUGAUAAGAGCUAAGACACCAUGAUAUGGAAGCAAUGACUAAGCAAGGAUUCCUUUUUUAGUGUUGAGGCUUUAGGCAUCAAUUUCUUUGAACGUUUUUUCUGCACUAAAUGACUAGACAGAUUUAUUUAAAUCAGAGAGAUGUGCACACCUCGAGAAUGGAGACAGGUGAAACUACAAGAGAGACUGAGCUCCAGAACUGAGCAACUCCUUUCUAUUCUUGCACCACUGAGGUGAAGACAGUAACCUCUGGCAAUGAAUGAACAGAGCAGUCAGUGGUAGUGUUUAUCUCCUACAGAGGUGGUUACACCUGGCAGACUGAAAAUCUAAGCCCUCAAAAUAAAGCAAAUUUUAUUUAUUCAAAUAUCUAGAAGUCACAUUCUCACCUACUAAACCAGCACUUCUGCUGAACUGCACAUAGUUACACAGGAAUUAUUCAACCACAAGUCUGCCUCAAAAUUAGGACUACAUUAGCAAAUUUUUAGUGCAAUGAAAAGCCUCCAAAAACAAGAUGAGAGGUAGGCAGUCACUUUUCCUACUGAUUCCAAUCCUCCUGCACAUGCCUUGUUAGUGCACACCUAUACAAGAACAAUCCCCAGGGUACCGAAAACUCUCACAGGUUUCUGCACCCAAGAAAAGGGCCUGAACAGACACAUGAUGCCUUCUCCAGCCCUUUCAGUUCCAGCUCUACUCAUAGUCCAGGCAGCUGAAACGGCUCCUAUUCUGUUAUGGUUGGAUAAACAAAAUGCUGCUAUAUUGCCACAGAUUGUGUCUGGUGUUAGCAGGUGGGAGAGGCUCUGCGAAGCAGUGCCAAGUGCACUCAGGGGUAGCACAAGGAAGAAUAACAGCAAUCAGUGUUUCACAUGUACAGGGCCUAAUAAUCUCUCCUGUAAAUUAAAUCUCAUUUCUUUUCCACAUGUGCCUUGACAUUCAUGUUAAAUACCACAUGGACAUCAGUUAAUGGUGUCUCCCAGAAAUGCAGCCAUCGUAAAUGUCUUCCAUUCUAUACAUCUUAGCACAUAGUCUUUAAAUUUUCCUGUACUGGAGCCAAUUAAACCCACACAGUCUGGCAAAAAUCAUACAGCAAUCUUGCAUUUUUGCAGGAUCUGUGUGCCCAAGUAGCUAUGGCAGUCUUGAGGCAUUUCACCAUGAACACCUCUUUUUUAUCACUGAUUUCCUGAAAGUAUUGCAACAAUACCUUAAACUUUUUUCUUGCAUCUCCUAAAGACUAGAUAUUUAAAAAGUGAUUAAUUUGCUUCAUAUGCUUUUCAAACUGAAAUGUACAUUAGUAUCUAUGUCCUACACAGAUAUUCACUAAAAGAAACCUCUCUACAUGACAUUUUGUCUCUUUAGCUCAAUUGAAUAGUCAGCUGUUAGGAAGUUAUUCUAUUAAUAAUUUUAUUAAAACAUGAAAACAGACCUUUGCCUAGGCAUGGUACUUUGAACUCUCAUCCCAGGAUUUUCUCUCCUUUGAUUGUGUGCUUACAACCACAGAGUUCAUUUAAGCUUUAUUAAAACAUAAUUUCACCAAACUGAAACCUAACUUACUUAACCAAGUAGUAAAAACAUUUUUCAUAGUGCCUGCCAUGCAAGAUGACUUGUGCCAAGUGCUGCCUUAAAUCUAAUCUUCCUGAGGGCACUCAACUUGCCCCACAGCUCUGCCAGCACAGGCCCAAGGGGUAAGCCAGCUUGCUGUUUUUUUACACUGUAUUAGAUCAUUUUGUCAGAGUUAGUAGAAAUGAGACAAGGGCAAGGCCCAUCUGGAAUUAAAUUUGGACAAAGAUGUCAAAAACAAGAAGAAGAAUGUCUUUAAAUACAUCAAUAACAAAAGGAAAAGUAAGAAGAUGCAGAGAAGGCAAAGCUACUGAACCCCACCUUUCUGUUGGUCUUUACUGGCAAGACCAGCCCUCAGGAAUCUCUGACCAGGAGACCAGGGUAAAGGAAUGCUGGAACCAAGACUUUUCCUUGGUCAAGAAGAAUUGAGUUAGGGAAUACCUAGGCAAAUUCAACACACACAAGUCCAUGGGCUUGAUGUACCCAAAAGUGCUGAGAGAGCUGGUGGACAUCAUAGCUAUGCUACUUAUGUUCAUAUUUGAAAGGUCAUGGAGAUCAGGACUAGUGCCUGAGGACUGAAGGAAGCAAAUGGCACUCCAGUUUUCAAACCGGGCAAGAAGGAGGAUGCAGGGAACUAUCAGCCAGUCAGCUUCACCUCAGUCCCUGGAAAGGUGAUGGAGCACCUCAUUCUGGAGGCCACCUUUAUCCACAGGGAGGGCAAGGUGAUCAGGAGUAGUCAGCACAGAUUCAUUAAAGGCAAAUCAUGCUUGACCAACCUGAUUGCCUUCCACAAUGAAACAACUACGUGGAUGAAUGAUGGGACAGCAGCAACUUCAAGGCUUUUGACACUGUCUCUAACAGGCAAACUCAGGAAGAGUGGACUGAAUAGGAGGACAGAGAGGUGGAUUGAGAGCUGGCUGAACAGCAGAUCCCAGAGUUACAAUCAGUGACACAGGCUCUAGUUGGAGGCCUGUCUCUGGUGGUGUCUCCCAAGGUUCAAUACUGGGCCAAAUCUUGUUUAAUUUAUCCAUCAAUGACUUGGAUGAAGGGGCAGAGGCCUCCUCAGCGAUUUCACUGGCAACACAAAGCUGGGAGGAGUGGCCGAUAGCCCAGAGGGCUGUGCAGCCCUUCAGGAGGACCUCAACAGCCUGGAGAGAUGGGCACAGAGGAACUUUCUGAAAUUCAGCAAAGGCAAGUGCAGGGUCCUGCAGCUGGGAAAAAAUAAUUCAGCGCAGUAGCACAGGUUGGAGGCAGACUUGCUGGAAAGCAGCUCUGAGAAGGACGUGGUAGUCCUUGUGGACAACAAGCUCUUCAGAGCCAGCAGUGAGUCCCUGCAGCCAAGCAGGCAGAUGGUAUCCUGGCCUGCAUUAAGAGGAGCAGUGCCAGCAGGUUGGAGGAUGUGAUGAUCCUCCUCCUCCUCCUCCUUUAUUUGGCCCUGGUGAGGCGUUACCUGGAGUGCUCUGGGAGUACAGGGCUCCUCAAUACAAAACUAGGAACUCCUGAAGAUGUCCAGCAGGAAGGACUAAAUUGGAGCAUCUCUCAUCUGAGAUAAGGUUGAGGGAGCUAGGCACCUUCAGCCUCAAGAAGGUACAACUGAGUGAGGACCUCAUCAAUGCCAAGGGGAUCUCUUUUCAGCGAUACCCAGCAAUAGGAAAGGCAGUGGGCAGAAACUGAUGCUAAGGAGGUUCAACCUGAACACAAGGAAGAAUUUGUUUACUCUGCAGGUGACCACACACUGGAACAGGAUGCCCAAAGAGGUUGUGGAGUCUCCCUUGCUAGAGAUAUUCAAGAACUGCAUGGACACAAUCCUGUGCCAUACUCUCUCGGAUAGUCCUGCCUGAGUCAGAAUGCUGGACGCACUGGGCCCUUCCAACAUUACCUAUUCUGUGGUUUUGUGAUUUUUCUGUGCAAAGCAGCAUGGGGUGCUGCUGUUGAGAAAGGAAGCAUAACCGCCUACUUGUCUGCUCAAGAUGUAAAACCGCAGAUGGAAAUACCAGCUAAUCAUUUCAGAAGUUCACCUUAGUAGAGCAAUCCUGCGGCCAGUAUCAGUAUUUGGACUACUGCCUGCUUCCACGACUCACCGGGGAAGCGCACGGACAGAAAACAGGGCCCCGGCCACCGCCACCUUCCCCCCGGGAAUGCGUCUGUGUCAAACCGCGUAUAUCCUGUACCCCCGAAUAAAACAUUAAGGACGGCUUUUGUUGGAGCCGGCGGGAGCCGGUGUCUCACGCGACAGCGUCCCGACUGAAUAAUUUAAAGCUCGGAAGGGAUCGGCCUCACGGGGAGCGAGUCUCCGCAUCCCUCACAGGCUCCGCGGCGCGGGCGGCGCCGGGCCCGGCCAGGCGGGCUCAACCGGUUUGUGGCGCCUCCGGCUCCUGCUGGCCCGAACGGCGGCGGGUCCGCCCCGGGGCGGGGCGGCGAGGGCGGAGCGGGCGGCCCGGCCCGGCCCGGCCCGCCGGCGGCGGAGUGCCUUGUGGCGGCGGGCUGAGUCGUGCUGCCCGUGCCGAUGGUGCUCAUGACCGAGCCGCGGUGCGAUGCGGAGGAGCCGAGGGCAGCGCGGGCCGCCGGCCGGCGGGAGAACAGGGGCGCUCCGCGGCUUUCAGAUGGAGAAAAUGGAACUGAUGAAAAAAGAAAGGCUGGAAAAUCACCCACUGUGUCGCUUCAGACCCCUACCAGUGAAAUGGAGUAUUUUGAUGACCGGAAAAAAGUUGAUCUUGAUAGGACCAAGAGCAGCACAGAUAGUCCAGUCCUGACGAUCAAGAGUGACUCCAAGAUUGAAAGGAAAAAACGUGCCUCAAAUCAGCUGAAGGCAAACGCACAUUUUCAUAAGCUGUUUCUAGAUGUUCCCGUUGAUGAGCCACUGAAACAAAGUUUUACCUGUGCUCUGCAGAAAGAAAUUCUGUACCAAGGAAAGUUAUUCCUUUCUGAAAACUGGAUAUGCUUCCAUUCCAAGGUUUUUGGUAAAGACACUAAGAUCAGUAUACCUGUGCUGUCAGUGACACUUCUGAAGAAAACCAAAACUGCCCUUCUUGUGCCAAAUGCUCUGAUCAUAGCAACAGUGACAGAUAGGUACAUGUUUGUCUCGCUACUCUCCAGAGAUACCACCUACAAGCUAUUAAAAUCUAUCUGUACACAUCUUGAUGAUACAAGCAUGGGCAACAGUCCAAAUCCCUCUUCUGCAGAAAACAGCUUCAGGGCUGAUCGCCCUAGAACUCUGCCCCUGGAUUUCAAUGAAGAUUAUUCUGAUCUGGAUGGAAUAGUGCAGCAGCGAAGACAAGAGAUGGAAGAGUCCAGCAGUACAGGCUCACAGACACCAGAGCUGGAGUGCUUCCAAGAUUAUCACGUUGUUGAAACAGAGACUCAUUUGAAAGUUUCCAAGCCUGAGGCCAAGUCUGUUCGUUCAGAUGCACAUAGUAAACGUGGGCCUGAUGGAAAAGCCCGAAACAGUCCUCGAAAUGGCCAUUUUGAAGCCUUCAGGUUCCUCCACAAAGUGAAGUCCCAGAAGCUUUUAUCUCUAAACCAUGUACUUGUAUUUUAUGCAAUUCUUGUUUGUGUUUUAAUACUUUCUACCUUCUACAUGAGAUAUAAAAUCAGUGUCCUGGAGGAGCGCCUUAUGUCCAUGACAGCCUUUGAUUCACAUAUUAAGGAACAUCAAGUGCACCAAGAUUUGGGAUCUCACCUGCAAAUUAAUGCUGAUGCCCUUUGUGAUGAGUUAACUGCUAAUCUUAGAAAAUUGGAGAAGGUAACAUCGUAUGAUAUAAUGCAAAUGCUGAUAGACCAAUCAGGUUCUUGCUGUGUUUCUAUGAUCCUAUGUCUUGAAAAGUGUUGAGUUACCCCCAGAUUCGAUACCAAAAGGUGGCAUGUUUUCCUAGACAAAGGACUAGUUUUCAGACUAUAAAUUAACCCUGUAUGAACGUUGGUAUGUGUAAAAGCUUUGCCUUGAGCUGAAGCUUAUAACCAGGCCAAGUAUGAGGCAGACACUUCAGGGGCGAUUAUUGCAUUAUGUAGUGAACUCAACUUUGUUUUUUCUAUUUUUUUAGUCCAUCAGGGCUAAGGAUUUUAAACCCAACCUUUAUUGGUAUUUAAUUAAUUUUUCUGCUUGGAGUGUCUGCUAGAGUUUUGGGGUUUUGAUUAAGAAAAAUGGUGCUUGCUUACAUAUGUAUUCAGCUUCUUCACACAGAGUGGCUGAGAUCUGCUUGUUUUACUUCAGUAACACAAAUGCUGCUGGCACAUGUUGUGCAAUUCCCUAUACCUGACCCUUGCUUUUUAUCAUUCUCUAAUUGGAAAGCUAAACAUAUUUGGUGACUUAAAUUGGAAGCCUGUGUGAAACAAGUGGGUGUGCAGAUCUUAUUUCCUUAUUUGGUGUUUUUCCCCUUUCUAAAACACAUUACCAGAGACUCCACUACUCUCACAGCUCUGCCCUGUGGUGGGUCUGCUGGAUGUGGCUGGAAUGGCUGUGUCCAGCACAGGGCAGCCUCUGGCCCUGGCACACUGCUGCUGCCCUGCAGACCUUGACCCACCUGCCCCCAAACCUUGACAAAUGCACCCAGUACAGGUGGGUGAAAUGCUGCGUGUUGGGUAUACAUACACAGGCUGAGCAUGACAAAAGCACUUGUGGAACAAAACCAAAAGUUACUUGAAUUCCUUUGUACUUAAAUCACAUGGGAUAUUUUUGCCUCUGUUUCUAAAACUGAGUCUGUGCCAAGGUCUUUCAACACCUUUUUUCCCCCCAAACCAAAUUUCUCAAAUAGCAUAAAGCUAAGAAUAUAUAAUAUCACUGUUUACAUGUGUGGCAUAGGUUUUAGAAAUACUGCCAAGAAGGGGUUUCUUCCCCCACAUCUUCACCCUCUUGGCUAUGGAAAUCCCGAGUAAUGCUGGCUUAACUUCUCUGUAUUUCAUUGAUAAUAACAGUGUAAAUACAAAGGGAAAAUGUUUACCAGAUGGUUACCAGAUACAGUCGUCAGCCAAAUUAGGUCAUUUAAGAGGUUAGUGCU